GUGGCCAACCUCGUGCUGAUGCGCGCAUACUAUGAGCGCCCAAACUUCUACUCGGCCGCCGUCUACAUCUCCCAGAGCACCGGCUCGCUCAUGUUCCUGGUCAAUCUCGUGCUCAUAGUCGCCGCGAGCUUUGGUUAUGGACUCCAACGACUCUUCUAUGGCCCUCUGCGCCCCAUCGAGACGGAGCAGCUAUACGACAAGGCUUGGUUUGCUGUGAGCGAGACAUUACUAGCAAUGACCAUCUUCAGAGACGAUCUUGGCAUGUGGUUCUUCGCCAUGUUCCUCUGCUUGCUCGCAGGCAAGGUCUGGCAGUGGAUUGGGGAGGGAAGGGUCGAGUUUCUCGAGCAACAGCCGCCCGCGAAUCCAAAGUUGUUCCACACCCGCCUGAUGAGCUCCCUGCUACUCUCCGUUGGCUUCGAUAUAUUCAUGAUGCAAUACUGCAUCGAUUCCAUUCUCUCAGAGGCGCGGCCUGGUGUCAUGGUCAUGUUUGGCUUCGAAUACGUCCUCCUGGCGACCGCAUCCAUUUCGACUCUGCUACGAUACACGCUCUCGCUCGUCGAACUAUUCAUUACACAGCGCCAAGAGAAGGCACGAGAGGAGGCUCGCAGAAUUGCAAGAGAACAGACACGUCAACAGGCAGCAGCAGCUGGAGCUGAAGCGCCUGUCGAGAUGGAGGAGGAGGAGGAGGAUGAUGAUGAUGAAGGUGACGUGCCCGGGUGGGAGGAAAAGGGCCGCUGGGUUUUUUACUUGGACCUCGCGACCGACUUCGUCAAGACGCUUGUCUAUCUGGGCUUCUUCGUCAUUCUUAUGACAUUCUACGGCAUACCGAUUCAUAUUAUGCGAGACCUGUUCAUGACGAUACGAUCCCUUCUCAAGCGAAUCAACGACUUCAUCCAGUACCGGAACGCGACCCGCGACAUGAACACACGCUAUCCAGACGCGACAGCAGAAGAACUGGAUCGAGAGAAUACAUGCAUCGUCUGUCGCGAGGAGAUGCGGCCCUGGACACAGCCAGGUGCGGAUGGUGCGCAGCCUGGCCGAAGGAUGGAUGAGCGACAACGGCCGAAGAAGCUCCCAUGUGGGCACAUCUUGCAUUUCGGCUGUCUUCGUAGUUGGCUGGAGAGACAACAACAAAACCAGCAGAACCGAGAGGCGCUGCGAGCAAUGUUUGGAGGAAAUGCACAACAAGGUGCUGUUGGAGGGCAACAAGGCCAGGGCCAACAGGCAGCACCGCAAGGUGCACAGGCGAAUCCCCCAGCCGGCAACAUGCGCGUUUUCAACUUCGGACCCUUUAGAGUCGCUCUCGGGAAUAUUCGGGUACCACCCGGCCAACAGGAUAACGUCGCUGUGCAGAAUGCGAUUCAGCAACUGCGUCAACAGGCCGCCGCGAACAACGUGGCGCAAAAUCAAGACCAACAAAACCAAGCACAGGGCCACAUAGCGGCCACACAAGGCGUUGCUCCCAGCUUUCCUACUGGACCCAUGCCCGGAGCUGUCGCACUUCACCCGUCAGAUAUUCAGUCGGACAUACUGCGUAUACAACAGAACAUCAUUGAAUCGAUGCGAAGUUUGAACGUACAACAUGAGCAACUCGAGGUUCUCCACAGACUUCUUGCUGAGCUCAACCGACUUCAACAGGCUUCUGGCGUAAUAGCCGCAACAGGGCAAGAGCUACCACCUAUUGCCUCGUUGAAUGCAUCCAGUACGAAUUCGUUUACUCCACAAGCCUAUUUCUCUAGAGGUUCCGUCUUGCGUCAGGGUGAUCCUGGUGUACCCGAAGGGCUAACGCUACCGGAAGGGUGGACAUUGAGGCCGAUGGCACUAGCGCCACGGACUGGCCAAGAAACCGCGACACGUCCGUCCUCGCAACCUGGACAUCUGGCGCAAGAAGGCAGCUCGGCGCAACCUCAAUCGCAACCAUCGCAGCCAGUAGUGGGAUCUGAAGCAGGGCCUUCAACGUCUGCUACUGUGACUCCUCAAAGCCAGCCAACCCCAUCAGCGCCGAACGCGACUGUUUCUGAUCAGUCCUCGACUUUGUCCCCAAAGCCUGCCGAUCCCAGUAGUCUUGAGAGUAGUCUUGAGUCUAGCUGGAGUUUUGGCAACGUAGGGGAAAGGACGGAGACUGAGGGUUCAAGCUCUGCGGUUGCUGACAAUAAUUCGGACAGUCAGGGUGCGACGAGGCGGACGGUCACCAUGGAAGAUGUUGAAGACAGUGAGCAG